AUGACCGGAUCUGAAUAUAAAUAUUCCAAGAAUGCAUGUGUCCGAUGUAGUGCUAAACACAUUAAAUGUGAUGACAAAGCAGCUUGUGAUAACUGCCUCAAAGUAAGAAAUAAUUGUUGUCGGGACAAACUCUUAAAGAAAAAAAUUAUGAAGCAACAAAAACUAAAUAGAUUAUACAGACGUCCACAAAACGAUGAUAAUUUUAUUUCAACAAAAUUCGAGUGA